AUGUUUCGCGAAACCGCUCUCUUUGUCCUUGCCCUUGCGGGGCCCGCCCUUGCCCAAGUGACGGAGGGCUUCGAGAAUGGAUGGGACCAGACUGCAUGGCCGGUGUACGCCACCGACUGCAACCAAGGCGGCAAAGUCACCUUGGACUCGUCGACAGCACAUACGGGCAAGAACUCGAUCCGUGUCGAUGGUGCAGGCGGUUUCUGCGGCCAUAUCUUUGUUGGUACAAGCAAGGUACCCAGUGGCGAUGUCUAUGUGAGGACCUACAUGAAAGCAAGCAAGGCUCUCACCGAUUCGCACGUAACCUUCAUCACCAUGCCCGACUCGGCUCAAGGAACCAACAAGCACCUGCGCAUCGGAGGCCAGUCCAAGAUCCUCAUGUACAACCGCGAAACGGAUGAUGCUACGCUUCCUGACCUGUCGCCCAACGGCAUCGCGUCGUCGAAGCCGCUGCCUACCAACGCAUGGACAUGCUUCGAGUACCACCUGGGUGCCGACGGCAGCAUCGAGACGUGGCUGAACAACGUGACGGUUGCUGGGUUGACGGUUGGCAACGGCGCGCAGAACCCCAACUCGCAGGGAUGGAGCCGGAGUUCUGUGAAGCCCAAGAUCACCGGAGUAUACUUUGGAUGGGAAAGCUACGGCGGCGACACCAACACCAUCUGGUAUGACGAUAUUGUGGCCGGUAUCAUCAUCAUCUUCUGCCGCUUACUCAACUACCCGCUCUCCGCCAUCCGCCAACCACGCGUCAUUUCCGAAAUCAUCGGAGGCAUCGUUCUCGGGCCCUCGGUCAUGGGCCGCAUUCCAGGCUUCCAGGAAUCAAUCUUUCCCGCCGAAUCCAUGUCAAAUCUCAAUCUAGCGGCAAAUAUCGGACUUACCCUGUUCCUCUUCAUCAUUGGCCUCGAAGUCGAUCUCAGGUUUUUGCUCGGCAACUGGAAACCCGCCCUCAUUGUCGGAAUAGCGAGUAUGGCCAUUCCGUUUGGACUCGGUGCUGCUAUUGCUGUGGGACUGUACAAUGAGUUUAGGCAUGAGCAUGGCAUGGUCGAAAUUGAUUUUUCCGUUUAUAUGCUGUUUAUCGGUGUUGCCAUGGCGAUUACGGCGUUUCCGGUGCUUUGUCGUAUCCUUACCGAGCUGAAACUGCUCAUGACGCCCGUCGGUGUCAUUGUCCUGGCAGCUGGUGUCGGCAACGACGUUGUUGGAUGGAUUCUCCUCGCUCUCUGCGUCGCCCUCGUCAACGCUGGCUCAGGACUAACAGCACUCUGGGUCCUACUGACUUGUGCAGGAUACAUGCUCUUCCUUGUCUUCAUUGUCCGCCCAAUCUUCGUCUAUGUCCUGCGCCGAUCUCGCGCGCUUCAAGAUGGACCCAGUCAGGGUAUCAUUAGUCUUACUCUGCUCAUCGCUCUCGGCUCGGCCUUCUUCACCGGCAUCAUUGGCGUCCACCCCAUUUUCGGAGCUUUCAUGGCCGGUCUCAUUUGUCCGCACGAAGGCGGUUUUGCCAUCAAGGUUGCCGAGAAGAUUGAGGAUUUGAUCGGUGCGCUGUUCCUGCCUUUGUACUUUACUCUCUCCGGUCUAAACACAAACAUCGGCCUCCUGGACUCCGGAAUCGUGUGGGCCUAUGUCGUUGGCGUCGUGGCCGUGGCUUUCUUCUCCAAGUUCCUGAGUGCGGCGAUUGCGGCGAGGGGCAGCAAGAUGCUGUGGCGAGAAUGCUUCGCGGUGGGAUCUUUGAUGAGUUGCAAGGGUCUGGUCGAGCUCAUCGUAUUGAACAUUGGUCUCGAUGCAAAGAUCCUCAGUACCCGAACCUUUACCAUCUUCGUCGUCAUGGCUCUCGUGACUACGUUUGCCUCGUCUCCACUGGCAAUGUACUUUUACCCCCCAUGGUACCAGAAGAAGGUCGAGGCGUGGCGUCGCGGUGAAAUCGACUGGGACACGGGCAAGCCCUUGGAAGACUCGGAAAGCAGCAGCACCGACGUUGUGCAGUACGAAAAGAUGGCGGCAGAGAAGAUUGAAAGGAUGACCGUGUACCUGCGCCUUGACAGCAUGCCCAACCUCCUGGCCUUUACCUCUCUGUUUGGCGGAACCACGGAUAUCCCAGCCCCCAAGACGCACCCAUCCAAAGAAGUCAGCCACGGCACGAGCAAAGAGAUUGGCGAGAUCACCAUGACGGAAACUACUGCACUGGCACGCCCCGUGGAAGCCUACGGCUUACGUCUGCUCAACCUGACAGACCGUGGGUCCUCGGUCAUGCAGGUCUCGGAGCUGGAAUCCUACACGGCGCACGACCCGGUCGUCAACACGUUCCGCACAUUUGGCCGGCUGCACAACCUCGCCGUCAGCGGCGAAGUGCUCGUGGUGCCCGAAGCCUCGUUUGCUGAGACGCUGGCUACACGCGCGUCCGACUCGCAGUUCCUAGUGCUGCCGUGGAGCGAGACAGGCGGCAUGUCGGAACAAGCCAUUAUCCAGGACAAGGGCACCAAGAACAAGCUCCAGGCCUCGAGCUACAAUGCCUUUGUACACCAGACACUCGAGCACGCUACCAUUCCCGUCGCCGUGCUCAUCAACAAGAACUUUGGCGGCUCCAAGAACAAGGAGCAGCGCGCACAUCAGCAGCAGCGCCUCAAACUCACCCGCACUUAUAGUAACGUCAGUCUACGCAGUACGAGAGACAAGCCGGUUACCGCGCCCAUUGCAGACAAGAGCCACCAUGUAUUCUUCCCCUUUUUCGGCGGCUACGACGACAGGACGGCCCUGCGCCUCGUGCUGCAGCUAGCCAAGAACCCGCAGGUCACGGCCACAGUGGUGCAUUUCGACCUGGUAGCCUCUGUUUGGGCCUCGCUGCCUUCCAGCGCUGCUGCUGCUGCUGCUGCUGCCAUGUCGACGCCGGCAUCACGCGAGCAGGACGCAGCCUUCUUCGCGGCGCUUGGUGCCUCGCUUCCUGCGGACCUGGCCAACCGCGUCGUCUUCGAGACGGUGUCGUCGACGGCGCCCGUCGCCGAUGUCAUUGCCCGCGCGAGCAUCGAGGUGGGCCAGUCGCCGCGCAACGCCGGAGACCUGGUUGUGCUGGGCCGCAACGUGGCCAUGAACGGCGUCCUGGACAGGCCAGACAGCUCGGAUGAGAUCAAGGGCUCGUCGAGCGCAGCCGACACGCUGGGCGUGCUUGCGGAGCGCGUGUGGCAAGGCAAGCUGGGAGCUAGCGUGCUCAUUGUCAAGGCGGGCGUCUAG